UCUUCAAACUCCAUCCUAUUCAUCGUCUCUUCGCAGUCAUCCGUUUUCUUGAAACUCCUCGAGAUUAUCUUGAAAAAGCCAAAAAUGAAGGAAAAUACUGAAAACCCAUUGGCCCUCAAGUCUCUGAAUCACAUCUCUAUCGUGUGCAGAUCGGUGGAGGAAUCGAUCGAUUUCUACAAGAACAUUCUGGGUUUUGUCCCUGUUAGAAGGCCCGGUUCCUUCAAUUUCGAUGGAGCUUGGCUGUUUAGCUAUGGAGUUGGAAUUCAUCUCCUUCAAUCUGAAGACCCAGAGAAUUUGCCAAAGAAAACCGAAAUCAAUCCCAAAGAUAACCAUAUCUCCUUCCAGUGCGAGAGCAUAGAUGCAGUGGAGAAGAAGCUGAAGGAUAUGGAAAUACAGAACGUGAGGCAAAGGGUGGAAGAAGGAGGGAUUUACGUGGAUCAGCUUUUCUUUCACGACCCCGACGGCUUCAUGAUAGAGAUCUGCAACUGCGACAAUCUUCCGGUGGUCCCUCUUGCCGGCGAGAUGCCCAGGUCAUGUUCCAGGCACAAUAUCCAGAUGAUGCAAUCUAAGCACCAACACAUUCAUGUCUAGACUCUACAUCACCCCAACCCAAAUCUUUUCUUGCUCUUCACCUAAGAACAGAUCAGAUGAGAUGGAGAUUUAGGCAUACUCGUAUCAUUGUAUUUGAUUAUUAUGUGUGUUUGGUUUUGUGUUGGUGUUAACAAGACAUUAGUUUCGUAAAAGUAAAGUCCCUAAUUAUAUUUGGUUGCGUAUGAAUUUUCACU